AUGAUGUAUUUUGCCUUCUCUGUCUCUGCCAGGCAAUCUAAGUGAUUCUGGGCUGGCAUCAAAAAUCAGUGCAGUUGUCUGAGUUUCAGGUGAUUUUUUUAACAAUUGAAUGGAGAUGAGUUUCAUCAAGACAGCCAUUAACUUGAUGACAUACCAUAGCUCACUUCAUACAACCCAUGCUCAUAAUCUUCCUCAAGCAAAUGUGUGAUAAAGAAAUGAAGGAGUAGUGCUUGGUAUCAGUGUAACCUAUGUAUGAGCAUAGCCUCUUAGGCUUGGGCAGCAUUACUCAGUUUGGAUGGAAAAGACUAUUGGCAGCCUUAGGAAGUGAGAAAUCUCAUCUUUACAAAAUGCUCCCAAAUGUAAGAUUGUGGAAGUGGUGAAUUUUGAAGUGCUGCAACUGUUGGAAGGCAGCCCUUCAUGACUUCACAGAAGGGAGACCUGUCUGCUCGUGAGGAAAGGCAACUGGUGGAAACUCUGAGAAGAUUUGUGAUUUCAAAAGGCGUAACUGGGCUCUGAAGCAGAGGCAACUACAACUGCAGCGUCAAAAAGAGCAUAGAGAAGCACGGGGCUAUACUUGCAUUUCAUGUCAUCGUCACUUCAUGAGGGAAGAGGAAGUUGGGCUGCAGCUCUGAUGUGCUUUCAUUUGUUGUUUAGUUCAUCUUCAGCAAAGACACCCUGAUGUGAGUGCUGUAAUAACUGCGUGAUGGUAGUCUCUUCACUGGAACUCCUUUUAGCAACGUGUGUUGGCUGCUUAGUAGCUGCAGAUCCCAGUAAUGUAAUAGUCACCCAAACACCAACAGAAAUGCACCUGUCUAUUGGAGACUCCACUGAAAUAGCCUGUAUUUGGGAAAAGUCAGUUAAGAGAUAUAGAAUCAGCUGGUAUCUUGUUAAUGAGGAGAAUAUCACCAGAACUGUAUCAUCAAAUCUUGUCUAUGGACGCAACAUCACCCAUCAAAUCAAGGAUGUCCUAGUGAUUGAGGCUGCCAGUGCAAAUGACACUGGGUUUUACUACUGUGAGAUAAUUAUUGAAAUACCUUUCUGUAAAAAACUGUAUGGAAAUGGAACAAUGCUGGUCGUUGAAGAGCGAGAAGCUCAGUCAUUGGAUAAGAAAACGUCAGUAGUUUGGCUCAUCGUUCCCAUCAUUCCUUUCUUAGCUGCAAUGGGGAGCUUAUACUUCUGCUACAAAAAGAAACAGAAGUCGACGUUUUCUGGUUCUGCCCAGCUUCCUGCACCACAAGAAGGGCAUCAGGAGGAGCAGACACUUGAGGUGGCAGACAUUUAUAGAAGAACUGAAUCCACCAGAGAAGAAGCUGGAUGGGCUGUGUCUACGCUUUAUAACUCACUCGAUUCUUUUUACGAUGCAUCAAACUAAAAGAUGACAAACCCACUGUCACUACUGGACCCAGUGCAGCAGAUGAGCAAAUCCCAUGAACUGGGGCAGCUGCAAAGUCUAGAACUGGGGUGUGGUGAGGAGCUUCCAUCCACUUUGACAUUCAGAACUAAAGGAUCAUGUAAUAACUAUAAUGUUGUUAACAUGUUAUGGAACUGAAAACAGUAUGUAAUGUGCUGCUGGAAUAUAGAUUACAUGCAUUUCCUGCAAGAAGCUGUCAGAAGAAAGGUUGGUCCAACACCAUUUCCUGAAUGUUUUCUGACUGACUUUAUUGUAAGGAGUCUAUGAAUUUUGAGAGCAAUUUUUAGAAAACUGUCUUCAACUCAACUGUUUUGAGUUGGACCAAAUGAUCCUUUCCAACUCAGGAUAUUCUAUGAUUUUAACUCUUCCUCCGUAUUCAGAGUAUGGAAAUAAUAUAGGAUGCAUUAUAUUUUGAAAAAUCUUCUGUACUGAACAACUUCCUCUGAACAGCAAAUGCAUUUCUUCAGGUAGCCCCUCUGUAAAUCAGUCUUUCAUCCUGAGAGAGCUGGGGCUGUUCAACCUGGAUAAGGGAAGGCUUCAGGGAGACCUGAGAGUGGGACAUAUUCUUCA